CGGACGAACCACGGUCCCAACCUCCGCCGCCGACCCCGUUGCCGCGGUUACCGUUUGUUGUCGUCGACCAGACCGUGAACCGCGCUCAAAAUUAUUAUUUUAUGCCAACGUGAAAAUUCGUAUUUAGUUCUUCAAGUGUUGUUUUAUGAUGGCAAAAAAUAAAAUAUCCAAAGUAUCUGGGUAAAAAAAUAAACAUGUUUUGACAGCUGUCGUGGUUAUGGGCAACGUAUUGCGGUUUAAAUGUAUAGACUGUGCGAACGCAGACCAACGGCAACACAGAAAAAUUACUGUGCUCCUGGUUGGUUUGGACAAAGCUGGAAAGACUUGUACCGUUAAAAGUAUUAUGAAAGAAAAGCAAAAAAAUAUUCUUCCUACUGUUGGGUUUUCGUCUUCCAAGUUUAAUUAUCAUGACAACGCUAUAACUAUUUACGAUUUAGGUGGUCACAAACAGAUCAGAGAUAUAUGGAAGCAGUACUUUGCUGAUGUACACGGUGUAAUAUUUGUGGUGGAUUCGGCGGAUCUUAGCCGGUUGGAUGAAUGCAAAGAAGUUUUUCAUAAUUUACUUGAGCAUGAAAAUAUUGCUGGAAAACCAGUUCUAUUAUUUGCUAAUAAGCAGGACAAACCAGGGGCUCUAGAUGAGUUGGAUAUAGUAGAUCGACUAAAUGUAGAAACUGUAGUGAAUACAAAUAAGUGUCCAACACUUGUAGAAACAUGUACUGCUAUCCAUAUGGCACCUAUUAAUUAUUGUAGUUCUGCUUUUAUUGAUCCAAGCAUUGAAAGCGGAUUUAGUUGGCUGAUAUUACAUAUUAUAAGGCUAUAUGAUACGCUCAACCGCCGUGUCAUGGAAGAUAUGGCACAAUAUAAAGCUCAAGUGGAUAAAAAGAUCGAAGAGUGGAAAAAAAACCAACACAAUUCAAAUGACUCAUAUUUAUUAUCUUUUAAUGCACCACACCGGAGGUCUACCAAACGCAAUCCGUUCAGGAGAAUUAAUAAAGUCAUAGAUAGUUUUGAUUCAAAAACAUCAAACCUAACAACUGAAAUGGGGAGUACAUCAUAUAUUAUACCACUCAGAAGUGAAUCUGAUGAGGAGUACGAACCACCUGAUCUUCAACCACAAUCUGAGCCAACUGCAUUCCGAAAUAAAGUCGCCCCGACAUUACCGACAAAAAUACAAACAGAAUCAAUGCCAUCGGUCAAAUCGCGAUCACCACUUUUCCGGGCCAAAUCUAAAGAGUAUGAUAAGAAUUUAAACGAAAACGUAACAACCACCACUACCGCUAUUAGCUCUACUGAAAUGUUUAUUCAAAACGAAUCUGGCACAGCAAAAAUGAAGCGAUCUAUUUUUAGCAAUAAGUCAAAUUCAGCUGGUGCUAGUAGUAGUAAUACUACUCGUUCAUCAAAACCCAAUCGGUCGUCUAGUGCUAAGUCAUUGAAGAAAAAUGAAUCAUCUAACAAACAAGAUGAUAAUCAUAGAUCAGAAAAGUUGUAUCCAAAUGACGAAGAAGAUGUGGUUGUGCAGCAAUCGGAUGUAUCAAACGUUAGUCCAGAAAUAAUAAGCCAUAUGUGAAACGACUGAUGGUUAUAAAACAAUUUACUCAACUAUUAUUGUUUUAUUAAAUAAAAUUAAG